AUGACGAACAAAUUCAACAAAAUAAAUAAGAACAAUUACGAAACACGAGAAGCAGUUUAUUACGAUAAGGGAAGUAGAAUUAAUUUGAACAAAGAAAAAGAAAUGAAAGAGUUUAAGGAAGAAGAACUAAAAGAAUUUUUUAAUAAAUGGAAUCCGUUUUAUAAAGAAAAAUUAAAUAGUGAGAUAGAAAAGAAAAACUUUAUAAAUUUUGAUGGAGAAAAAAAAAUGGAAAAUGGAAAUAAUGAAUAUUUUAAUUCAUAUAAUUAUAUACAUAUACAUGAAGAUAUGAUAAAAGAUGAAGUAAGAACACGAACAUAUUAUGAUUCUAUAAGAAAAAAUGAACAUUUAAUAAAAGAUAAAAUAGUUUUGGAUGUAGGUUGUGGUACAGGUAUCCUUUCUUUUUUUGCAGCAACGCAUGGUGCCAAACAUGUUUAUAGCAUUGAAAAGAGUGAUAUAAUAUAUACAGCUAUAAAAAUAAGGGAUGAAAAUAAUUUGACUGACAAAGUAACUUUUCUUAAAGGAUUAGCCGAAGAAAUUGAGUUACCUGUUGAUAAGGUUGAUAUAAUAAUAUCCGAAUGGAUGGGAUAUUGUUUAUUAUAUGAAAAUAUGCUUGAUACAGUUUUAUAUUGUAGAGAUAAAUGGUUAAAGGAAGGUGGAUUAAUUUUUCCUGACAAAGCACAUAUGUAUAUUGCAGGAAUCGAAGACAGUUUAUAUAGAGAAGAAAAAUUUGAUUUUUGGAAAAAUUGUUAUGAUUUAAAUUUUUCAUCUGUUUUACCAAUAAUUAAAGAAGAAGUUGUUAUAGAUUAUGUGGAUAGAAAUUUUGUUGUAACAGAUACAUGUUGUAUACUAACAUUAGAUUUAAAUACAUGUACACCAGAUCAAUUAUCAUUUGUUUCACCGUUUCAAUUAAAAAUGAUCAGAAAAGAUUAUUUACAUGCUCUUGUCAUAUGGUUUGAUAUAUCAUUUUCUGCUUGUCAUACGGAAGUUAAUUUUACCACAGGACCAUAUGGAGCACAUACUCAUUGGAAACAAAUUGUCCUUUACACAGAUCAUAUUAUAACAGCUGAGAGAAAUGAAACAUUAAAAGGUAUAUUUGCUUUAAAAAGAAAUCAAAAAAAUAAAAGACAUCUCGAUAUGAAGUUGCAUUAUAUUUUUGACGGUGUGCACACCAAAGCAAAGUCAACACAAUUAUUUAACAUUAGCUAG